CAUAAAACCAUAACCAUCCAUGUGUUUGUCAAACUAAAUCUUCUACCAAACCCAUUUCAACCAAAAAAGACUACUAGUACUUUAGAAAGCGAAACACAUCACGAAACUCAAGUUGACCUCUAUGCUUUGUUCCUUCCUUUCCCAUUCAGCAAAAGCCAUUUUUAUGAUUUUCUUUUCAUCAUACAACUUUGCAGUUACGCAAUUUAUGACCUUUUUAAAAACUCCAUUCCUCCUCGAAUAUUCAUUUGAAGAAAAACCCAUCAAAAAGAAAACAAAAACAUUUUUGCCGUGUUUUUUAGUCAACUUCUUAGAAACGCCCACACAAAAAAAAAAAAAAAAAAAAAACUGCAAAAGUAAUAAUAACUCAUAUACUUAUUUUCCAAAUUUUCUCCAUUCAAUAUAUUCUCUGAAAUCUGAAUGCUCAAGCCAGAAGUUAGAUCAUCAUCUCACAGUUCAACAAUGUAUCCAAAGGUGAAAGUAAGGGGCUUAGAGCAGGAUGAUGAGUAUGAUCGCCUCAGAAGUCCACUUCAGGGUUUUAAUUCCCUCUUCAUACGUGAUUCUAGCCCCCCAGGUAUCUAUGAGGAUGAGCUCCCUUGAAGUGCUGGUUCUGCUGCCUCUGUCAUUGAAUCUUCUGCUGAAUACGUCAUUUUUCAAGAAUGUGAAGUUCUGAGGUCCCUUGUACAUUUUCUUUUCUCUGAAGCUCUGACCUGCUAAAGUAACUGCAAAAAUGUGGCAUGGAAUCCACAUAUAAGCCAAUCUUCUUAGUAAAAGGAAGUAAUCAUUCCUCAUCAGUAUCCGUUGCCAAGGUACCAAGGUCAUACAUCCCAAGAUCAAUUACUCCACCCCCUUCUAUGCCAAAAUCUGAAAAAAAGAGCGAAUCGGAAGAAAAUGGUACUAAACCCCAGAUCAGAGCUAGUUCUAUCCCAAGACCACGUGCUGUCAUUUCUAGCCCUGAUAAUGACCAAAUCUUGGGAAGCAAAAUCAAACUGAGGUCUCAACGACCAUUAACUUCGAAAAAUCACCACUUGACUCAGAGCAAACAAUCAGAAGGAAAGUGCACUCAAAUGAGUACUACAUCGGGCAUAAAAAACCACGACCUGGCUCAUAGCAGGAAAUCAGAAAGAAAGUGUACUGGAAUGAGUACUACAUCAACCUUGAAAUACCACGACUUGGCUCAGAGCAGACAAGUAGAAGGAAAGUGCACUGGACCAAGUACUACAUCAGCCUUGAAAAACAAUGACUUGGCUCAGAGAAGACAGUCGGGAGGAAGGUGCACUCGAACAAGUACGAUUAUUAAGAAGCCCUUAAAAGAAGAUGAAUAUAAGGAGAUUAAGCAUGUGAUUGAUGUUAAAGCAAAGAAAGAGUCAACUGUAGAUGUUAGAGUUCCAAAAACAAACAUUAGUAGAGCAAAACCUUGCUUCACGAUAACAUGAUUAUUGGUGAUUUAUGAAGGAUUGGAGGUAUUCCAACAAAUUUACACUCAAUUAAUAGUGUGUCAUACCUUAAUGACAAUCCUCUCCAUUGAUGCAAAUAUGAUCAUAUUCAGGAGUA